AUGGAGAUUGCCCAGAAUUUUAUGGGACCACUCGCCACAAAUACUAUGCGCAGAAUCAAUGAAAACGGAAAUGUAGUGGGCACUAUAAUAGUAAAUUGUGAAGGUUUUCCAGAAACUACGACUCUGGACAGUUUGACGGCGGCUACGUAUUCCACGCAUAUGAGGAACCUGUCGCAUCACGCGUCUAAUGCAUUGAAGGAAAUUUGUGGCAAAUGUAAUAAGUGGUUACAUGCGUUAUGUGCCGGUCUUACUUCUAAUCAAUUGAUCACCCUGAACUCCACCGAGGCUAUCGACUGGAAGUGUAGAACUUGCGCGGAAGGAACUAAAUCCAGGCGUCUGUCAUGUAUCAUGCCUGAUAUCGAGGAUGAAGGCGACGAUAAUACCGACCCUGAGUUUCUGAUCCCAGACAACAACAUGACGCAGCAAAUUUUACGGGAAAUAAGGAACGAAAUUAAGGACAUUGUUCAGUUUGAAUUACAACGUUCGCUUAAGUACUACUCCGACAAGAUAGACGACUAUGAGGAGCGCAUGAAAUUAUAUGAAACCAGGAUCAAACGGUCGAAAAUCAGGAAGUGUAACCAAUUAGAGCAAGCACAACUAUCCCAACAGCUGGAAGUCUGCGGAGUCAAGGAAGUGGAACGGGAAGACACGAUGGAAAUAAUAAAGAACGUGGCAUCUAAAAUUAACACCGACAUCUCCGACGUCAUCAAAGCAUAUAGAAAGAAGGUACCAGCCCACAAGCGUACUGAAUCUAAAAGGAUUGAAUCUCCACACAACCCCAUUACCGUUAUUCUGAGGAACGGUGUGCGUAGUGCUUGGCUGGAAGCGAGUAAGAAGGUAAAGUUCUCAGCUCGUGAUAUAGGAGCGGAAGGUGAACAAAAUCUAUACCUACGUGAGUCUUUAACACCGGCUACUGCAUACCUCCUGUGGAAGACAAAAUCAGAACUAAAGGUACGUCAUGGUUUUAAAUAUGUAUGGUGCAAGAAUGGAACUGUCUUAGCGAGGAAAUCCGAAAAUGAGAAAAUCAUUUCUUUUCACUCCUUACAACAGCUGGAAGUGCAUACUCGUAAACUAGAACAGUUAAAU